CGGUAGACACCGCGAAGCCACACAGCGAGAUAAUCAAAGUGCUGGCGGACGCUCUCUCUCUCUUCCUUCCCCUUUCCCUUGGUGUUUUCCCCUCUUUUUUUUGUUCGUCAUAGACUAAAGGACGUCUGUAUUUUUUUGUCUAUGUUGUGACAUUAACUGUCACAAGAUAUUUUAUUUUUGGACUCUGCUACGUGAGGAUCAGGGAGCUGAAGCUGAGGACAACAUGACUUUUACUGCGGACUUUUUGACGUUCCUGACAUUUACCUCCGUCGUAAUGGUGUGCCAUUGCACAACAGGUGACACUGGUGGUGCAGCGCGCCGUCCUCCACCACCGACAGGUCUGUCAUAUGAAUGGAUCGACCCGUUCACUGUGAACGUGUCCUGGCAGAAGCCCAGCGGUCUGUCGGGGGGGAACGUCUCCUACCAAUACAACCUGCUAGGAAACAAGAAUGAUCAGUGCACCCGCGGGACAAACCUUAAAGUGAACCUCCUCACUGAAGAGAGUGUCUCUGGUAGUUGGAACUAUUCCAUUCGUACAAUUGUUGGCGGUAAAUGCGAUGGCAAACCAAUUAGUAGCACCUUCGCUAACAUCACCAUUAAAACCGGGCCAAGAGCUGAGGUAAAGGACAUCAAAUGUUUAAUCUCCCCGAACAUGAGCAAAAUCAAGUGUUCCUGGACCCCAGUGAAUCAGAAGUUGAAGCUCUUCUAUAGGAUUUGUGGAAUAUCUGAGGAACAUAUGAAAGAUUUAAGAGAGUGCAAUCUCUAUUACGUCGAUGCAAUGAGGCGUGGCUGCUGGCUGGAAGCUGAUGCCAUAAAAGAUAUCUGCUUGCUUUUCAAGACUGACACUGGAUCUAGCACCUUUAAACUUGCACCCAUGAUAGAGCCCCCAGCGUUGAGCGUCAAAGAAGAAGGAGAUAAGCUCAAACUGAGCUGGAGGCAUCCAAAGUUCGGUUGCAUCUGGAACUACAGUGUCUGCACCAAGAAAUGCGGUUACUCUGAGGAGUGCCAGAACUUCAUUACAAAAAAUGAUUCUAUGUUCAUACCCUACGAUAAAAGCUGCCGUUAUGAGUUCUGGUCCAGCGUCAGGACUGACGAUUAUUGCCCGUCAUUUUCCAGCGAUCGUGGCCAAGUUGUAAUUCAUGGUACUAAUAAGCCUGCUGACGAGUCGCUGACCGUGGUUGCCAUCGUCCUCCCGAUCAUCCUGUCCGUCUGCAUCUUUCUGUCCUGCUACUGCUUCAGCAGGCACAGCGCCAUAAUUUGCCCCGUCAUUCCAGAUCCUUCAGCGAUAUUCAAGGAAAUGAUGAUGAACGGAAACAAAGAAAUUACGCCCACAACAGGGGGACUGUACACGCCGGUGCCAGAGCCUGUUGAAUCCUGCAAAGUGGACCCUGUAACAGAUAUCAUUGUCCCGCUGAACUUGUGACAUGUAUGUGUACUCUGCAAAGCCUGCAGUGCAGCUUGACGGGCAUUAUGUGCAAAUUCAUCAAGGAAUGUUUUUUAUAAAGCCUCUUGCACGUCUGACUGGUGGUGGUGAGGAGUGACCUGAGCUGCACCUCAUGUGCUGGAAACAAGGGAGCAGCUACUCUUCAUCACUAUUCCUGGAAACAUACAAACUACCACAACAGUUUCCAGUACCGCGAGUGAUUCAUCUGCUAUUCAGUAACUCUCUAAGCUGGUGCACAUAUACUGGAUAAGGAAAUUAACUGAAUCCUUGGAGCGGCCUUCAGCCACCAGGUUGUGGACCCGGAAAUACAAACAGGGCAAGAAGGUUUGCCAUGCCCUGACUGCCGGUAUGACUGCCGACAUGGCAGCUAGACAAUGGGCAGAAAGCAAUAAGUGGGAAGCACAUACUUCUAUAAUCUAGGGAUCCCUAAACAGUUCAUACAAUAGUCAAAUCUGUAUUUUGAAAGUCUGGCCCAUGGUGUUAAGGCUUUCCAACCUUUUUCCACAACUUGUUUUGGCAAGAGAAUACAGUUGAGGCACCGGAGUACAAGUUAGAUGGGUAACAACUUGACUUUCCUGUUGGUUUUGGUGUCUGCUUACUCAUUGACGCACCCAAAUCCAAAAUACCUUAUCACCGUUAGUCACACACACUCUUCUUACACUUUUCAGUCGGGUGUUUGUUGAUGAUUCUUGCUGCCUUCAAACAGAGAAUAAAGGAAGAGAAAGUGAAACAUGUUUUUGUUGCUUGGUUGUGAUUGCCUGUAACUACCAAGGGAGCAGCUACUCUUCAUCACUAUUCCUGGAAACAUACAAACUACCACAACAGUUUCCAGAUAAUGUUGGUGUAUUUUAUUGUCAGUGGGCUGGUCUGCUUCUGGAUAUGUUAUUGUUUAUCAUUUCUAAUAAAGUAGCCUGCAAAAAUAUC